CAAUAAUUUGACUUUUUCUCAAAAGGAGACAUGGUCGAUUAAACAUUAAUACGACAUCAAGCCAAAAAAGAAAAGAAAAUAACAACUUAAUAUUUUUUUAAUAACAUUGAACAUUUUUUCCCAAUAGGAAUGGAUUCGCUCAUCACUUCCACUGACUUUCAAAGUAACUGGACAAACACCAUGGCACAGAAUGAAACCGAUUUAUACUGGAACCAGUUUGUGCAACCAGUUUGGAGAAUAGUGCUCUGGGCAGCGGCUUACAGCACAAUUGUCAUCGUCUCCGUUGUGGGCAAUAUCACGGUGAUAUGGAUCAUUUUGGCGCACAAACGCAUGAGAACCGUCACGAACUAUUUCCUCGUCAACUUGGCGUUCGCUGAAGCGUCAAUGUCCGCAUUCAACACCGUUAUAAACUUUGUCUACUCCGUGCACAAUGAGUGGUAUUUCGGACUCUAUUACUGCCGAUUCCACAACUUCUUCCCCAUAGCCGCCGUCUUCGCUUCUAUAUACUCAAUGACCGCGAUUGCGCUCGACAGAUAUAUGGCCAUCAUUCAUCCGCUGCAGCAGAGGAUGUCUGCAACUCAGACGAAGGUGGUCAUCGGGGUCAUGUGGGUGCUGGCUCUCCUGCUGGCCUUCCCCCAAUACUAUUAUUCCGACACGGACCAGCUGCCUGGCAGGGUGGUCUGCUACAUCGACUGGCCUGAGUACACUGUCCUGGACUUCAAAACGAUGUAUUUUGUGUGUGUAGCGGUGCUGAUUUACUUCCUCCCCCUCCUGGUGAUGGGCUGUGCUUACCUGGUGGUGGGUUUGACUCUGUGGGCCAGUGAGAUCCCAGGAGAUUCAUCUGACCGUUACCAAGAGCAGCUGACCGCCAAACGCAAGGUGGUGAAGAUGAUGAUUGUGGUGGUAUGUACAUUCGCUCUUUGUUGGCUCCCCUAUCACGUCUAUUUCCUGAUUCACCAGUUCUACCCGCACCUGUUUGAGCAUCCCUUCAUUCAGCAGGUCUAUCUGACUAUCAUGUGGCUGGCAAUGAGUUCCACUAUGUACAACCCCAUUAUCUACUGCUGCCUUAAUGACAGGUUCCGUGCGGGAUUUAAGCAAGCAUUCCGCUGCUGUCCGUGCAUCCCUGAGGGAUCCUACGAGGGUCUAGAGCUCAAGUCCACCCGGUACAUUCAAACCCAGACCAGUUUGUACAGGGCCAGUCGAAUGGAGACCACUGUGUCCUGCGUGAUGCAGCCAUGUGAAGAUGGCCAAAAGGUCACGUUUGGUAGCAUCAGAGGGGCCGCAGGGAGACCGGCAGUUCACAGCCCCUCCAGGGAGUUCGCAUCCAAUGGCUCGUCCUCUCGCAGCAUCUCCAAAACCAUGUCAGAGACUUCCAGCUUUUACUCCAGUAAUAACCUACAAGAAUGAGAGUGCAGAAGCAUGAGUCAAGGAGACCGAAUGCCACUACGUUUGCGGAGAUGUAAUCGUUUGAAGAAUCGUCAUCUCCCCCUCCCAAGUGUGUAAAACCUGAGGAUUACCUUGAGUGUGUGCAGAUGUGUGAUUUAGUUGGAUGAGUACACACAAGCUAAGAGUUUUUAAUUUCAAACGAUCCUUCAUCUUUCAUCCGUGUCCUAUUCUAUUCAUGAGGUUUAUAAUUAUGAUUAGAGGAACUUUUACAUUGAUUUUUUGGGAAAGGUUUUCUUAUCGUAGUGAUGUAAAUGACAUGUAAAUGACAUGUAAAUGAUCCUGCAAUCACUGAAGACAUUUUAAAAGUUUAUAUUAAUGGACAUAUGAUGCAGUGGAACAAUCAGUCAGAAUACUGUAAAUAUUGAAUAUGACCGCUUAUACUGGUCUCUCAUCUGGCUAACAACAAUCCGACUAUAGUAGGAAAAGGAAUAAGUUAAGAAAUAUCAAUAAAAGUACCCCUCUUAUUCCCUUGAGUCUCUAACAAUAGCUCACUUGGCUUAAAUGAUACCUGAGCACAUGUAAUUUCUUCAGUGCUUUAUCUGCAGGUGGGAGAUUAUACUAUUGCAAAUGCCUUGGUGUCUUCACGGUCAGUUAGAGCCACGAUCCGGCCUGUGAAAUGAAAAUGAACAAUGUCAGUUGCCAAUAUCAACACCUUGUAGCUACACAGGCAAAUAUAAAGAAUGUUAUUAAAUUACUUUUCAAGGCGUGCCUGGAAACACAAAUGCAUGGUGGUGAAAGCUUUGAAUGCCUGUCCUGAUUUUGUGUGUCCUGUCCUGAAGAAUAGCUGUGGGGGAAAAAAUGUGAUGUGCAGAGAAUUUUGUACUAGUUUUCUUUUGACUUCUUUUUUUCUCUCCCUGUCUGCUUACCUUCAUUUUUUUUUUUAUCAUGUUUUUUUUUUCAUAAUUGACCCCUUCACUAAGCCCCGCCCUACAGGUACCAGUUGUGAUUUUGGUGUCCCAUUUUGAGCUGCACCUCUGCAGUGUGUAGCCUAUAUGUCUCUGGUUGGACACAACAGUUGCUGAGAAUGGUCAGUAGGCGGGGCUUAGCCAAGUGCCAGUUCUGUAGUUAUUCUGUUGUACAAUCAUUCACUCACGCGCACACUGGACCCCUCACACUGGACAAGGCCAGAGUAAAAUUAGCUCUUGAGGAACCUCCCUUGAUACAGUCACAGCAAUAUGAUACUGAGGUACACAGGAUUAUGGGACAAAAGGGGAGGAUGAGAGACGGUGGGUUGAAGUGACCACCUGCUGCUGUUCUUGACUGGGAUUGUGGCAGUGGUGUCCGUUUUCCAAAACGGAGGCCCAUGCGACUGGCAUGUUUGUGGGUCUGAGCUUUCAUUGGUCACACAGUGGCAGCAGGCUUGUUAUGGUGCAAUAUGUUCAGAAUAUUUCGGACGGUAAAUGACUGUGAUCUGAAAGUGCCUGACUGUUUGGCACAAGCAGACAGCUCAUUCCAGGAAUAAAUUAACCACACUACUCUGUUCCUGAUCUUUUUUAGAAAUUCUGAACUCUCUGUGAUGCUUAUGCAGAAUUGCA